ACACGGUAAUAUAACCCAAUCUAACACCGUACAUAUCUCGUGAGCCAGAAGUGAAGAUACUGGGUGCUUUCAACCCGCAUUCAAAAUGUUAUUUCACAGGACUAUUAAUAUGGUACCAACUGCAACAUACAUCUAUUCCGCUGCCAUGGACGGACAUUGAGGCCUAGCUAGCUACCAUUGCGCGAUUGUGUCUUCUGGCUAGUAGCACGCUGCAGCUAUUCCGUCUACAACUCGCUAAUGUGCGCAAGCUAGUUAACCUGAUGGAAUGGCAAUGGUUUUGCCCGGAUACAUCACAUUUAACUACACUGCUAUCUGUGACUGAAUUUGUAGCCUGUUCUGGAAGAUAUGUCAGCGAUGUGUUUCCCUAUUUACCCUGCACAGAUACUAGCCCAGCUAACUAGCAACGUAGCGCACGCCUGCUGACUCCUCAGAAUGGUUUCCAAUUCACAUUUUUAUCUAAGAACAACUUAUCUAAGAACCAAUAGCAACUACAGUACAUCACAACGUAUUGACUAAUCUAGGCCUAUCUAGAAUAUAAAUGAGACUUGUCAGCGAGUGAAUGUACAGGUCACAAGCUAGCUAACGUUACAUGCUAUGGUAGACAAUCAUGAUUUAGGACAAGGCGGGACUCUUAAAACACGCCACAUCUAUACUGCUACGACCGGAAGUGACUUUCCGUUACAGGUUAGGAGAGCAUUUUCGCGAACCCCUUAACUAACCAUAAUCUAACCUAAUUAUCCUAACCUGCUGCAUAUGUUCUCCAAACCAACUGUAAAUUAUAACCUGUAACGAAAAAGUAACAUCCGGUCGAAGUGGCGUGUUUUUAAGGAGUCCCGUUUUGGAUGCCUAAUAAUCAAUAUCAAGAAGACUUAUAAUACUUGUAUCUUCAACUUUGUCUUAAAAGUUAGCUUUCUAGCUAACAUUGUCUUCAACCAUGAUCUAGCUAAUGUACAUGAACAGCUCGUUGUCUGGAGCCUCUGGUCCAUUUGUCCGUUUGAUCAAAUUCAGAAAUAAUUUGAGUGCCUGUCAUUUAUAGUUAUGUUGAUAUUGUUAACAUGACAAUGACCCCUUACUCAGUUUAAAUUGUUAAUGAAAACAGUAAUUUAUUUUUAUACCCAUUCACCAAAAUCCACAAACCUAUUUUAAUUGAGGUUGUGGUUGACUUUUUGUGCCACUAGGCACUACACAAUACCCCACUAUUAGCAGGCAAAGUUAGGCCAUGACACAUGCACUCACUGAACAGUUCUCCAGUAUAUUCAACUAGUUAAACAUCUGUGGAACUGUGAAAGAAGAGCAAUUAAUGUGCAAACUGAACUUUUCAAAUAUGUUUAUUUCAAGGAACCAUAGGGUACAUCAUUCUCAGUAGUAUAAAGUAACUUCCUCUCCUUUCCAGAUGCACCCACAUUAGGAAUCUUUCUCAACAAGAAGCCAACACGAUUGAGUAGCUUCUAAAUAAUAAAUACAGUUAUUUGUCCAAUGACUCAAACCCACUCAGGUAAAACUUCACCCCAGCACACAGUGAACAGAGCGGAGAAAAGAAAAGGUUCUUUCUCAAUUGUCUUCGAUUCCAGGGCCCUAUCCAGAAACACCCCCUACCCUCUGGACACUUCUGGAGAUUUGAGAGGGUUGAAUAGGUGUCUGAGUGAUGUCGGACCAAGAUUUGGCAGAGAUGGUACAGAUAGCAGUGGAGGACUUGGGCCAAGGCGACCAGACUGAUGUUUUGGACAAUCAUGAAGAUUGUGAUGAGAAGCCUGACAGGAAAAGGCCAAGGGUGGACAACAGCUCCCAAGACGCAUCUCUAAAGACCUUGUUGUACUCCAUUAGCCAGACGAUCUGCCAGCGUCUGGACAACAUGGAGGCUAAGCUGCAGAUGGUGGAGGCGACGUGCCGGGCCCUGGAGAGGAAGCUGGAUGCUGUGGUCAACAAGAACCAGGCGCCCAUCCAGGUCCCCAUGGUGGCCGGCUCCCCUCUGGGUGCCACCCAGACCUGGAAUAAAGUGCGUUGUGUUGUUCCACAGACCAAUGUGAUAGUGAGCCAAGAUCGACCGAAGGGCCAGGAGGAGCCAGUAACUCGAGGGGCAGAUUCCCUGGAGAACCUCCUCAGCAACACGGUGGGCGGGCGGAGGCAGAACACGUUCCUCGUGAAGGUGCCGGCGCCGGAGGACAGCCAGGAGGACCAGGAGAGCGGUUCAGAGGCCAGUGACUCUGUGUCCAACAGCGGCCAGACCAACAACGCCCAGAGCACCCAGAACGUCACCCUCAUCACCCUCAACUCAGAGGAUGACUACCCAGCAGGUACGUGGCUUGGCGACGAGAACAAUGCAGAGAUGCGCGUGCGCUGCCCGGUGUCGCCGGGCGACAUGCUCCACAUCAGCACCAACUGCCGCACGGCAGAGAAGAUGGCACUGACACUGCUGGACUACCUAUUCCACCGUGAGGUGCAGGCUAUCUCCAACCUGUCGGGCCAGGGCAAGCACGGCAAAAAGCAGCUGGACCCACUCAUGAUCUAUGGCGUACGCUGUCACCUGUUCUAUAAGUUUGGCAUCACUGAGUCAGAUUGGUACCGUAUCAAGCAGAGCAUCGACUCCAAGUGUCGCACUGCAUGGAGACGUAAGCAGCGUGGCCAGAGUCUGGCAGUCAAGAGCUUCUCCAGACGUAGUGCCAACGCACCGGGAAGCUCAGAGGGUGGCGCUGUGGUGGAGGCAGCCCAGCAGACUCUACACUACACCCUGGCCAACCAGGCUGUCCAGCAGGUCCAGAUCCAUCGCAUAGGAGAGGACGGACAGGUGCAAGUGAUCCCUCAGGGACAUCUCCACAUUGCCCAGGUGCCACAGGGGGAAGAGGUGCAGAUCACACAAGACAGUGAGGGGAACCUUCAGAUCCACCAGGUGCAUGUUGGGCAGGAUGGACAGGUGCUGCGUGGGGCCCAGCUGAUAGCGGUGGCGUCAGCUGACGGGGGGGCCACAGCAGUGGAGGGCUCCCCCCUACAGGCCAGUGACAUACAGGUGCAGUAUGUCCAACUGGCCCAAGUCAACGACCACACCACUACUGUACAGGCGGCGGAGCUGACCCCAGCAAUGCAGGGUGAGAUGGAGGUGAAGGAGGGAUCCCUCCAUCUGCCAGCGGGGGAGAACGGGGAGGUGGUGCAGAUCGUCACCUCUGUGGGGACAUAAGGGGCCUCGAGACAGAGAGAGAGAGAUGGCCAGCACCCUACGACAGAGUUACAGAGGUGUAGGUGGAAGGGAUGGAGAAGUGGGGGUGGUCCAUAGACAAUAUACAAUUAAAUACAAUUUUGUAAAUUAAAUACAAUUAAAUAAAUAAGAGAAAGUUAGAAAAUGUCAAAAGAACAACAGCAAAGAUCAAGAGAAGUGGUUUUGUUAUUUUAUAUUGACUUGGUCCAGCAACCACUCGUUCAUUGUCAACCAACAGUAUGAAAAUGUUCGUAGAGCACACAGGCUUUCAUAGCUUCUUUCAAGAACUAGUUAACACACAUUGUCGUCAUCAGAAGAGGACCCGGAGACCUGGCCUGGGCACAGUGCAGGGGAUCAAACCCUACCCAUAAAGGAUGCUGCUCAGGCAGACCAUCACUACCUACACCUCAGCAUCAGCAUAACAUGUUUACAUCAACUCUGGGAAAGCAUGGAGCUAUUAGAAGUUAAGCCACUCGGCUCAAUAUCCCUCUCUUGAGGGGUUACAGUAGGCUAGGCUAACCCCCUGGACUCGUACUUCACACAACCAAUACUGUGCUGUUCUCCUCUCUAGCAUCCUGCAAUCGUGUCAUGCUGGACUGCUGUGGAAAGUAAUACAAGCCUAACGGUACUUACUAAUGGUUGCGUUUUCUUUGGCUUUUUUUUCUUUCUCUCUGUUUGUGCAUCAUUUCUGGGAUGGACCUUUACUUUCUUCGCCAUUUAUUCCUCGCUUUUUUUCAUAUUGGUUAACCCACAUAGCUUUUGUUUGUUUGUUCCAUGUACAUAAUUGUACCACGUCUAAAUGUUUGCGGAGCUUUGG